AUGAAGUCAAUGAUUUUCCAGCUCGGUCGCAGUCUGAGGAGCUCCGCGCCCCUCAGCACGCUCCGCGGCGUCCAUUCGGCGGCGCGUCCCGCCCCCACUCGCAAGGCGGAACAGCCACUUACCCCCGAGGAGAUCUACGCCCGCGAGGAAAAGCAUGGUGCGCACAACUAUCAUCCCCUGCCUGUGGCGCUGCAGAGGGGAGAGGGAGUCUACGUAUGGGAUGUUGAAGGUAGCCGCUACUACGACUUCCUGAGCGCCUACAGUGCUGUCAACCAGGGCCACUGCCACCCAAAGAUCGUCGCCGCACUCACCGCACAAGCGUCCAAACUGACGCUGACCUCCCGUGCCUUCUACAACGACAUGCUGGGCGCUUACGCAGAGUUCGUCACCACCUUGUUCGGCUAUGACAAGGUCUUACCCAUGAACACAGGUGUGGAAGGCGGUGAGACGGCAUGCAAGUUGGCUCGUAAGUGGGCUUACAACGUGAAGGGGGUCCCCAAGAACAAAGCCAAGAUCGUCUUUGCAGAUGGCAACUUCUGGGGCCGCACCAUGGCAGCCAUAUCCAGCUCCACAGAUCCCAGCAGCUACGAAGGCUUCGGCCCCUUCAUGCCUGGCUUUGAGCUGGUCCCGUUUAACGACAUUCCGGCACUUGAGAAAGCCCUCCAGGAUCCAGAUGUCGCAGCUUUCAUGGUGGAGCCCAUCCAGGGCGAGGCGGGCGUGGUGGUACCUGACAAUGGGUACCUAACCCAGAUCAGAGAGCUGUGCACGCGCCACAACGUGCUGUGGAUCGCCGACGAAGUGCAAACGGGUCUGGCGAGAACCGGGAGGCGUCUGGCAGUGGACCACGAGGAAGCACGUCCAGAUAUUGUCAUCUUAGGAAAAGCACUCUCGGGAGGAGUUUACCCUGUGUCAGCUGUGUUGUGCGACGAUGAGGUCAUGCUGACCAUCAAGCCGGGCGAGCAUGGGUCCACGUAUGGAGGGAACCCCAUCGCUUGUCAGGUGGCCAUCGCUGCUCUUCAGGUGAUGGAGGAGGAGAAGCUGGCAGAAAACGCCGAACGCAUGGGCCAACUGUUGCGCUCGGAGCUGAGGAAUUUGCCUUCCGAUAUUGUGACGACAGUGCGCGGCAAGGGCCUGCUCAACGCCAUCAUCAUCAAAGAAACUGAAGACUGUGACGCGUGGAAGGUGUGCCUGCGCCUGCGCGACAACGGUCUGCUAGCAAAGCCCACGCACGGCGAUAUCAUCCGUCUGGCUCCGCCCCUUACCAUCAACGAGCCCCAGCUGAGAGAGUGCAUCGACAUCAUCCACAAAACCAUCUCGUCCUUCUAA